AUGGCCAAAACCAAGCAACCAAAAUAUCAGCACGUAUUUACUUUAGACAAUUUCAAAAAGAAUGCGACUAGUAAUAUUAAUGUCGCACUACCUGACCCUAACAACGUUUUGUCCUUUGGGGCUAAGAAGAGCGAUAAAGAGAUUGUGUACAGUUCAAAUUUUAAUCUCGAUGUCGAAAUCCUUUUAAAUAACUCUACUACAACUCGUCUUGCGAUGAAAAAUAAAAAAGAGGGCGUCACAAAAAGAGUUCCACGUCGUCAAAACCCAUGGAUUCUUUAUCGUAGAGAUAAAAGUGUGAAUCCCUAUUUUAUCGGCAUGAAAUCUUCCAUGAUUUCGAAAAUAAUUGGAAAAAUGUGGAAUGAAGAGUCAGAAGACGUAAAGGAAAUUUAUGCUGCGCUUGCUAGAAUGGCUGAAGCAAGGCAUAUGGAAAAGCAUAAAGAUUAUAAAUACAAUCCUAAACUUCACAAAAGACCUAAAAGCUCACCAAUCUUCUCUGAAUAUGAAGAAAUUGCCAAUUUGGAUAACGCUUCUUCCUCCUACAGCUCGCCACAAAUUUCUCAAUUUGUAAGUUUGGAUGAAGGCAGUUCUAAAGAUAUGAAGGACGUGACAUAUUUAGAUUCGAGCUCCGAAUUUGAAAUAUAUAAUAUAUUGGAUAAUGAGUCCAUUUCCUCCUCCUCGGUCCCUAGCUCCCCGCAAAACCUUGAAAAAUACUAUACCCUUCCCAAUCAUUUCCCGUCGAUAAACUCAAUCAAUCAAUCACCGUCGACAUUAUCCCCUGUAGAAUUUAAUAAAUUUACAACAUUGGAUGAAUUUGUGCAACCACCAGACAUCAUAAAUGAUAUCUCGGCCGUUUUUCUUUGUUCUAACUCUAAUGAAAACAUAGUAAUCGACGACUCUGAAAUUAUGAUGCCGCCACAAUUUUCAGAAAUGCCAUUAAAUUAUUAUGAAUUUAUUUCCGAAGAUAAUUCUUUCGAAUUAUUUAAAGGAUUUCAAUUUGACUGA